AUGACGACUGCCGUAAAGAGGGCGUGUGACGCCUGCCACCGUCGCAAAGUCAAAUGCGACGGCAUCAACCCGUGCAGAAACUGCUCGUCCGCCCAGCUUUCUUGCACCUACAAUGCGAUUCCCCAGAAAAAAGGCCCCAAGGGCUCGCGAGCCAAGGUCAUCAGCGAACUUCGAGAAACGCAACGUCAGACAAGCCUGGCCACCAAAGUACAUAAUCGCCUCAAUGGCGCCCCGAGUCCACCGGCAAGCCCGGCCCCGGCACCAUCUCGUGGUCUCUUGACCAAGGACAUGGUCAGCGCGUGCAUCGAGUUCUACUUCGCCAACAUGUUCUCCAUCAUUCCUAUUCUGAACCGACAGCAAGUCGAACACGACCUUGGAGUAUGGGAAACCGAUCCUGAGACGUACAGCCUCAUGACAUCCCUUUGCGCCUUUAUGAUGCUCCAGCCCGGCAUGUCAAUGCCAGGCGGUGACCCUUAUGGCCUGGAUGCGCAGCCCGGGGCCAGCAUUGUGUCAGCUCGCCUGCUUAUGGAGGAGACAUCCCGCGUGCGCCGACUCUACGAUCAUCUCGAGAAGCCGAGCCUCAACAGCGUCUGCACCAGCUACUUUCUUUUCGCGUGCCACUACGGCCUGGAGGAGCACGACAGGGCUUGGUAUCAUCUGCGCGACGCUUUGACCGUUACGCUCAUGUUUGGCAUGAACAAGGAGGAAUCAUACCUGACCGUAGACAACACUACUGCAUCCCGGUGGAGGAGACUCUACUGGCUGCUCUACAUGACAGAAAGGUCUUACGCUAUACAACGCGGCCGCCCUCUGUCACUGCAGGCCACCAUCAACUCUCCCACACUGGGAGAUGGGCCGAUGGAUCCUUUCGGAACUCAACUUAGUGGUUUUUUGCUCAUGAUAACCAUAUUCCGGCAGUUUGACGACCAGUUCACGAAUCUCUGGUGCAAGAGCAGGAACAACUGCUCGUCCAGCUAUAUCAACACACUCCAUAAGAACUUCAACGAAGUGCUGCCGCAUUAUCUGAACAAUGUUGACCCGCAGCUGGCCGAUGCUCGAAACAACCAGGCUUGGCUCAAGCAACUUAUUUGGCAGCUGAGCAUGGCCAAGACCCAGAACGUUAGCGACACGACAGUGCAAUAUCCUGUGGAUCUGCAGCGGGAGCUUGUGGCGAUGACCGCAGCCUUCUCUACCCAGAACACGGAGUUGAUAAACGCAGGUUUCAUUGAGAAACUUUGCGAAACCGCCUCGUCAUUGAUUGAUGUCUUGACAGUCCAGCCUGCAACCCAAAACCCCUUUAGCCCGUUCAACCCCCGCGAGACUCUACAACAGAUUUUCAACAUCGUCGGAGUCAUUCGAAAGGACGAGUCUAGGUUUUUGCCGCUGCUCCUCUGCAAGAUGCACGAAGUGAUACCUCGCCUCAUCAGCCCGAUGCUUCAGCACAUGCCUGAAAACAUGUGCAGCGUCGACAUCUUCGAUGGUUUUGGCAACGCAGGGAUAGGCCAGCCUAGCACGAUGCAAAUGGAUGAUUUCGACUACAGAUUCCCAGAGCCGUCGAUCAAGACAGAACCCGGCACUUCUUCGGGCGCAAGCGUCCCGUCAGUCACAGAUAUGAACUCGCCAUUCAGCAGUUCGCCGCCUGUGAUAUCUCCUCAGGUUGAGUACCCUCAGGGGAUACCCCAGGAGUUCAAUCCCAUAUCGGACAUGAUGAGCCCUGUUGGGCCUGGGCCACAACUGAAUGGACCUGGAGGCAUGGGAUCGCACCAGACACAGCACCGCAUGCAGCAGCCCCCACCACAGCAGCAGCAUCAUCAAUUUACACCGACUUCGGCCCAUAAUCAUCCGCCGAAGCCGACUAUUCAAACAAUGGGUCACAAUAUGUCUACUCAUCAUCAAAAUGGCCUGCAUGGCGGAAUCAAUCAGCCAUCCAACAUACCAGGCCAGCAUCCACUACCGCAGCAGCCCCUCAGCAGUGCCGGUGUAAGAGGGCAGCAGCCAUUCGGUCCUGCAGGAUCAUUGAAUCAUUCAAUCAUGCCGGGUGGGCCCGCCAUGUUAAUGCGGCCACAGCCACCACAACGGUCAAAUAGCUUUGCAAUGCCUCCCCCAUCAAACAACACACAACUCAGGACUGUUGGGGACUUUCAAAAUCUGCAGAGGACAAACUCUGAUAUGAGCGUCCUGACUAACUCAAUGGGCGUACCCAUGGGAGCUGGUGGCGGAGGUAUGAUGGCCGCUGAAAUUGACUUUAACACGUUGUCGAGGUAG